AUGAGACCAAUUUGUGCUUGGGAAUCAGUUACCGAUGAUAGCAUCUUGGAUAUUUGUUUCAAGCCAGAUGGCAGUCAGAUUGUUGUUGCAUCAGGUAACCGAGUUCUUGUCUACAGCACCUUGGAUGGAUCCCUUAUACAGCCACUCAAAGGCCAUAAAGAUACAGUAUACUGUGUGUGCUAUGCCAAAGAUGGUAGGAGAUUUGCUUCAGGAUCUGCAGAUAAAUGUGUUAUUAUUUGGACUCAAAAACUAGAAGGAAUUUUAAAGUAUAAUCAUAAUGAUGCUAUUCAGUGCUUGGCUUAUAAUCCAGUCACACAACGACUGUUGAGUUGUGCUGUUACUGACUUUGGUCUUUGGUCUCCUGAACAAAAACGGGUUGACAAGACAAAGGUCAAUAGCCGCAUUACCUGCUGCAGUUGGACAAACGAUGGCCUUUACAUGGCCCUUGGCCUCUUCAAUGGAACAGUCUGUAUUCGGAAUAAGAAUGGAGAAGAGAAAGUACGAAUUGAACGACCAGAUGCCCAUAACAGCCCUAUUUGGUGUGUUGCUUGGUGUCCCAGCAACACGUACAGUUUUUAUGGACCUGAUGAAAUACUGGAUGUUCUUGCAAUUGCCGACUGGGGACAAAAACUUUCUUUUUAUCAACUUUCUGGCAAGCAAAUUGGUCGUGACACCCACCUUGGAUAUGACCCAUGUUUUCUCAAGUGGUUCUCUCAUGGCGAGUUCAUUAUAGUAGGUGGAUCCAACAAGCAAUGUUAUCUCUACAGCAAGGGAGGAGUCAAAUUGGAAAUGGUUGGGGAAACUGACACAUCUUGGGUCAUCUGUGGAGAUGUCCAGCCAAAUUCAAAUAAUGUGGUUCUUGGAUGCCACAGUGGAACAAUGAAGUUUUACCAAUUGAUGAUGGCAACAAUCCAUGGUUUAUACAAAGAACGGUAUGCAUACCGGGAAAACAUGACAGAUGUCAUCAUACAGCAUCUCAUAACAGAAGAAAAAGUGAGAAUUAAAUGUCGGGAAGCAGUAAAAAAAAUUGCCAUAUACAAAGAAAGAUUGGCUGUGCAAGUUGCAGACAAGAUUGUAAUCUACGAGCAGUAUACAGGUGAUAUAUGCAAUCUAUCAGCUCGGGCCACUACAUCUGUCCCUGACGAUCUCAACAUUCAUCUAUCAGACAUUGUCUCUUCUUGA